UUUUGAUUACGUAACUGUGGGUCAAUGAGUAAGAUUUUGAGUGACGGUGAUAUUUUACGUGCAAGUUUCUACGCCGCAUUAAUUAACCGGUGACCUCACCUGACUAUAUUUUGUUUGGUAUCUACUGUACGCUAUUAGACCCGAAAAUAAUUGAUGCAUUUGAGUUGAUACAAAGUAUCGUACAAAUCGUGAGCAAUACAGCAGAACAUUGAAUAACAAUCGUGUAUAUCGAAGAAAGAAUAUUGUUCGAUCUCAGUGUGAAGCUGAUUGUAAAUACCGCAUCACUGCUUUCUCGACGCCUAACGAUGCGCCAAUCCACUGGAGAGCGGACGGACUUAGCGGACCGUAGCCACUUUGCCGCAAGCAAGGUGAAUCGCCCGAGCUUGCUCUUAACUAACGAUGAAAACAACCAACUCUUCCAUCUACUUGGUCGUCGCUGUCAGACUCUUACAACAGCAGUGGUACAACUGUAUUCAACACAAUCGCCAGCGCACGCUUCGUGGGUUAAGCGGUGCACUGGGGCUCUCUGCUUCAUUAAAGAUAACGUGCGCAAGUCGUACUACUUCCGGCUUUUCUGUCUGAAACUUAAACAGAUGGUUUGGGAACAAGAGCUGUAUGAAAAAAUUGACGUGUCGCAACCUAAGUCAUACCUUAUCACAUUUGAGGGUCAGGAUGGUAUUGUUGCGUUCAACUUCGCCACCGAUGACGAAGCGACCGGAUUCAUGAAUACCACUAUUGCAACGUUACACAACCGAAACCGAAGACGCGAUGAGCGCAACAAACGCAACAGUAAUCGGAAUGAUCCUCAAUCUGUAAGGCCUCCUCUUCUACAUGAAGGAGGAAUCACCGGAAGCACUGGCUUACCUGACUCAGAUAUGGCUGUUACCUAUCGGAUGAAGCAACCUUUUACGGGCCAGGGUGUGCUACCGACUGUCCAGCAAUAUCCGACUCAACAGCAACAACAGCUUCAUCUCGUAAACCAACCUCACCAAAAACCACGCAAAACAAAGGGCAUGGGUAAGUUACAGAAAUCGGACAUUGGAUCACCGUCAAACUUUAAGCAUGUAACGCACGUCGGUUGGGAUCCCCAAAGUGGAUUCGACCUAAUCGGUGAAGAGGAGUCUCUGAAACCAUUUCUAGAGAAAGCUGGAGUACGAGACCAGCACUUAAAAGAUCGCGAUACGUGUGCAUUCAUAUACGACUUUAUCCAGACGAACAACGUACUCGAUACGGUAAAAUCAGAACAAAGUAACGGUCGUAAGAAGCCACCCGCACCUCCGCCGAAUGGACAGAGAAAUCCACCUCCACCACCUCCUCAUCGUUCUUUGCCCCCCUUGCCACCUAUAACGCCGCCAAAGGUGCUCAGCGGAACUCCACCAUUGCGGCCUCCACCGUUGCUGCAACAACUACUAUCAGUGACGGAACCUCUGGCUGUUCCAAGUCCUCCACCUCCUCCGCCGCCGCCGCCAACCCUUACAAUCGGAGGACCAACACUACCACCACCGUUACCAUCAGUCAAAACGUCACCUCUGGCUAUUCCGAGCAAUGAUGUUAGAGAUGAAAGAGACUCAAGAUCUGCGCUUCUUGACAGCAUACGGAAAGGAACUAUGCUUAAGAAGGUUGAUCAGAGUGUGCUGAAUGCUGGCAGCAGUGCGGAUAUGCGCGUGGACUUGAUGAGUGAGAUACAAGCAGGCUUUCAGCUGCGUCCAGUCGCGAAUCGUGAAUUGAACGGCCCCGGUGAUCGGAAUAGUACUAGCGGUGGUAGUACCAGUGCUGGUGACGUAGGCACAGAUGCGCUCGCUGAUGCACUGCGUCGAGCACUCGCUGAGCGUGGUCGUGUUAUUCGUUCAUCGGAUGAAGAUGAGAGCGACUCGAACUCGAAUAACACGGAUUGGGAAGAUUAGAGAAAUAAUUGUCGAUAGUUGUGCGCCUUUAACUUUUGAUAAAUGUCGGUGAUUUCGUUGAGAUUGAUUGAAUCGUUUUCUGAUGUUUUCGAUGUUUUCUAUGUUUCUUCUUCCUUAGAGUAAUUGUUUCAGAUAGUCUAAAUCUACUUUUUUAUCGUGAAUUAUUUACAUAAGCAUAAUACAAUCUACAAAACUUGUUUAUGUUAGACUUCUAUUUCAUAUAAUUCAAUUUAAUCUUUGUUAGUAGCAAUUUCAUUUGGUGUUAUCUUUAUUAGACACCAUUACAUUUGGUGCUGGUUCGUUAAAUUUCAAAUGUUAUUUUUUGUUGCAUUAACAUAAACUAUAACACUUCACUACUCUAUUUAGAAUUGUAAAACAAUACAAACAACAAACAAACAAACAAAAACAUACAAAAAAAAUAAACAAGCAAACAAAACAAUGUAAAAGAAUCAAUAAAAAAAUGCAUAUUUUUAAAUACAGUUUUAAUGCAGACACAAACACAGAUUCAAAAUAUAGACACGACAUAUUUUUUUCACAACAAAUAUAAACAGACGAGGAUGAGCAUUUCACAUUAAUUUUAUGUUAAAUAAAAUUAUCAAAUCUUAUUACAACUAUAUAUCAUACAUGAAUCGAUUAAAACUUAAAUACAACGAUAUGUUGUGCGCUUUUAUAGCGCGUGAUGACAG